GUUUGCAAACAGUGUCAUAUUUUUCUUCCUACAUCUCGGACAGCUGGAGAGAGAGAGAGGCAGUGCUGCAGAACACGGCUGAAGGAAAGGGAGGAGAGGGCAUUGCGGGCAAAUCGAGGGUCUCGAUGGCUUCAGAGGCGGCCGAGCUGGAGCUCCAAUUGGUGCAGGACGCCGAGCUGACCCGGUGCAUGCGGCUCCGGGUCGAGAGCCUCCAGCAGAGGAACGAGAAGCCGCAGGACGGGGAGAAGCUCCUGCAAGCCAACGAGUUUGUCUACCGGCUGGACUUCUCGCGCCAGCAAGGCCUCCGCUUCCUGCGCUGGAACGUGGUGCUGGAGAAGCCCGGCAAGGUCACCGUCAUCGGCACCUCCCAGCAUUGGACGCCCGACCUCACCCACCUCAUGCGGAGGCAGCUCCUGGAGCCAGUGGGGGUCUUCUGGAAGAAAGCUGGCGCCCAGGAGGUCGAUUGGAACGAGGCGGAUGCUCUGGAGUUUGGGGAGAGGCUGGUGGAGCUGGCCAGGAUCCGGAAAGUAAUGUAUUUCCUCCUGGCGUACACAGACGGCCUCGAACCGGCCCAGCUCAAGUGCUCUGUCGUGUUCGAAGUCUGAGUUUGCCCUCUCAACCUGCUUGACUUCUCCU